AUGGGAGGUGAGUCAGCAUUGCAACACAGCACAGCACAGCACGAUUCGACACAGAGCCCCCACGCGCCGUUCCUGUGCUCAUCCAGGACUGGUAUCUCGCGUUCGGGCCUAUGUUGCCCAGCAAGAGGAAGAUGCCGCCACUCGAGAGCUCGCCAAGGGCCUCAGGAAUGGCACACUGACUCUGGAGAGGGCCACACAGUUGCUGGAAGCAAGAGCCGACGCCAAGUUCAUCAUGACUGACUGGGAUGGGUACCGCUACAGCCUCAUCCAGCUAGCGAUCGAGCGUCACAAGACGGCUGACAGUCUGGACAUCAUCCGGCUGCUCAUCGACAGAGGAGCUGAUAUCAACCAUCGCAGCAGCUCCCCGUAUCGCCCUAUCGCAUUUGCCCUUACCAAAGGCCGCUAUGACGUCGCCCACAUGCUGCUGGAUGACCCCAAUCUCGACAUCAAGGCUGCGCAUCACCUGCUGUGGCGUGUGGCAGACGACGCCCGUGACGGCAGUGUGUCAUCAGCCGAGAAGCUUAGGAUGGCCAAGAGGCUGAUAGCGCUCGAGGCGGCAGACCAAAAUCCAGAUGUCCCCAUCUGGCAGUUCUGCAGUCGUCCCCUCACCGACCCGUCCCACCAUCUGGAGCUCAUUGCCUACCUUUUCCACAAGGCCGGGCAGAGUGCCAUCGGGCUCAAUUCCCGGAUGGAGGGCAGGAAUUGGGCCCUCCUCUAUCAAGCAGCUUGAUCUCGGUCCUCGGAUGGCGUGCUGCGGCUGCUCAUGCGCAACGGGGCGGCCGUCACACGAGAAUAUUCUCUCUCAGGGGGGCCGCCCUUAGAAGUGCUACGGGCGGCAUACCGUGACUAUCUGCGCCAUGACCUGCCGAUGCAGGUCAGCAUCGCCGUCAAAACAGCCCUCCUGCCCGCACGCGCACUGGCGACGACGGCACUGCCCGAUGGCGUCAUUGAGAGCAUCGAGGCGCUCAUCGGCGUGGGCAGCCCGCCCGCGCUCUUCAUUCCCAUUGGCGAGCAGCCCUUCGGCAAUCGCAUCAAUGAGCUGGCCAACGGCUACCUGUCUGCGGCUUACAAGUGCAUUCGGCAGGCCGGCAGCAGCAGCAGCAGCAGCAGCAGCCUGGAGGGCAUGGGCAGCAUCGAGGGGAUGGUCGACCGAUAUGAUGACCUGAUGCGGCAGGUGCGUGAGGCUGCCAAAUAUGAAUGUUGUCAGUUUUGCCCUUCGCCAUAUGAAUGA